GCCUUACUAGAAGGCAGCGAGUGACAAUUUUACCAUUAACAUCCGGUUUCCCAGCCAAUCUUCUUCCGCAUAAAGUCCACCGGAAUUACCCCUUACCAGUCAUCUUCAUCUUUAAUUUUCAGCUCCACUUGUCGCCAUUAAUUAGUCAUUACCAACCAGAUCAUCGUCGAGUCGAUCAGAUCAUUGCAAAAACGACGAGAACACAAAUUGAAACCGCAAUACAGUAAAAAAAAAAGGCAAUACGAUGAUAAUUAUUACUCAAGAGACGGAAAUUUAACAAUUUGAUUCACUGUUAGGGUUUCAAAAGCGACAAAUGUCACAGCUACAGCAGCAACAGCAGCAGCAUAUUAUUAGCGACAACAACAGUAAUAGUAAGAGCAACAAUAUUCCAGUAACUGAAGUGUACUGGUCACUUGUAGAGAAAGCUGAUAAGAAAUUUUCUAAGAUCAGAGACUUGCCUUACUAUGAACGCAACAGAUAUGAUACAUACUUCUACAAGGUAUUUAAGGUGUAUACGCAAUUGUGGAAGUUUCAACAAGAGAAUCGGCAGAAGCUGGUAGAAGCCGGACUCAAAAGAUGGGAGAUUGGGGAAAUUGCUUCUCGAAUUGCCCAGCUCUAUUAUGGGCAGUAUAUGCGAACAAGUGAUGCAGGUUAUCUAUCAGAGUCAUACAUAUUUUAUGAAGCUAUUUUGAGUCGUGAGUAUUUCAAGGAGGGGUUGUUUCAAGAUCUCAGUCUAGCAAACAAACAGCUGAGGUUUUUUGCCAGGUUUUUGAUGAUAUGCCUAGUGUUGAACCGCAGAGAAAUGGUGCAUCAGUUGGUUAAUUUACUCAAACUGUUGGUUGACGAGUGCAGGAGGACAUUCCAGGAAACUGAUUUUAAAGAAUGGAAGCUGGUGGUUCAGGAAAUAAUUAGAUUUUUGAAAGCUGACACGGCUUUUAUGAAUAUCAGGCCAUUAAGAUAUAGUCUUGUACUGGACACUCAUCCAGAUUCACUUCCACGAGUUGCAACAAGGAGAAACUUAAGAUUGCGAGAUGCAAUACUGAGUAGCUACCACCAUAAUGAGAUUAAGUUUUCGGAGCUCACUCUAGACACAUUCCGGAUGCUUCAAUGCUUGGAGUGGGAACAAAGUGGUUCAUUUUAUAAAUCAAAUAGUACUAAAAUUGGUCAGAAUGGAGGUCCAGGGCCUAGUCGAAUUAACUACACCCAAGAUAUAACUGAUCCUACAUUGCCACCAAAUUCAAGGAAAGCUGUCUUGUAUCGUCCAUCCAUUACACAUUUUUUAGCAGUUCUGGGUAUGAUUUCCGAGGAGCUACCUGCUGAUGGAGUUCUCUUAAUAUAUUUGUCAGCUUCAGGUAGAGUUGGACAAUCUAUUUCAUCUCCAGGUGAUGGAACCUCUAUCAACACCACAGAGAAUGCUGUGAGAAACUUGUACUCGGAUACUGCCACCACAUCUCCAUUUAGUUCACCUAGCAAUUGUCCCAACCCUUCUCUAAGGCGAUGUAAAGGAGACUGCUUAUACUUUGGUGCUCGUGGAAAUGGAGGAUUAAACAGCCUUUACCCUGCUGAUUUAGUUCCAUUUACAAGGCGGCCACUUUUCAUAGUUAUUGACAGUGAUGUCAGUGAAGCAUUUAAGGCUAUAAGCGGAUCUGAGAAAGGAGAACCAGCUGCAAUUCUCCUAUCUCCAAGUUGUUCAAUUCCUCUUACUGCUAUUGAAUCUUCUCGUAAUCAGAGUGGUAGCCUAUUUACUCUUUUUCUGACAAAUCCGCUGCAGGCUUUUUGUUUAUUGAUCGGUUUGUCAGGCUCUGAUGUCGAAAUGGGUUCAUACAAUAAGGCUGAGAGAAUGCUUUCUUCAUCCUUGAAUGAAUGGGGAUCAGCUUUGGCAACUUCAGACUCACUGGAGCCUGUUUGGGCACAAAUUUUAGGGGAUCCAUUCCUUAGAAGACUUCUAUUAAGGUUCUUAUUCUGUCGGGCAGUGUUGUCACUGUAUGGACCGUCCUUUGGCAAGAAGGAAUACCAUCCAGAGUGUAUACCUUCUCUUCCAGCAUCCUUCCAGCCUACUUCGGCUGCAUCACAAUCUGCAAUUCUGCAAAUGGCCAACAUUUUUGGUGCGACAAAGAAAUUCUUUUUCUCUGAAGGAACAGUGCUUCCUGAAUAUAAGCACAGUGAUGUAGAAAUGACUCCAGUGUCAUGAAGUUCACAUAGUAUUGCAGAAGUGGGAUUUGAAAAUGUAAAGUUUACUACAAAUUUCCUUUUUGUUUUGAUUGGAUUGUGAUGGCCUUCAGCAUUUUUCAGUAAUGAAUCUUGCAGUUUUCUGCAAAAUGUUAAAUCAUUGUUUGAAUCUCCUGUAGCGAAAGUGAGAAGCAUUUCAUGUCGGAAUCUCUGAAUGUUUCUCCGACUUUUGUAUCCGAUCGUAAUAAUUAUUCUGACUGCCUGAUAAUAAUUAUUCAUCAGAUAAGAUUCCAGCUGAGCCUGUUUCUCCUAAGGCCACUUCUUUA